AUGUGUACCAUGCACAAGCUGGGCCUUCAGAUUUGGCCCUCACCCGACGUGAUGGUGCUCAUGAGCACGAAGGGCACACUUUACAAGGUUGCCAUGUUGAGCACUGCUCUGGAGGACGCGCUUGCAUACUGCACGGUCGAGGAGUUUGCAGCUGGCUUCAAGAAGAGGCUGGCUUUGCAGCUUCGCGGCAUCAAGCAGACCAGAGGCUCGUCAGGCGAGGGCGACUGGAAUAUCAAACGGAAACCUGGCAACCACUGCAAGUCUUACAGAGAGGGGUGA